AUGGCCGACGGCAUGGACUACCAGCACCAGCGCCAGCGCUCCGGCACCGCGAGCCAGCGCAGCGUGAGGGUCGAGGCUCCCAUGGAGCCCGUAGAACCUGUUCCUUCGGUUCCCUCGAUCCACCAGAUUCCGCCGUCGAGUAGCGGCACCGCCGUAACUGACCAGGAGAAAAUCGACAUGGAGUCGAAGCCUCUCGAGACUACCUUCUCCCCCGAUCCCCAGGUGGCUCCGGCCAUGCGCAAGUUCCGCCAGAAGCGUACCAAGUCCAUUGAUCUGGACGACUACUUCGAAGGACCACGCGCCAUCGACAAGCACUCCAAGUGGCCCAUGUUCCUGCGCAUGCACGGAAGCAUCUUCCCGGAGCUUGUCCUGCCUGUCUUCAGUUGCGGUUUGUGGGCGACGUUAAUUACUUGCAUCUCGCAAUUCGUCUACCCGCUCGGUGUCUCCAACAUUCUUCUGACUGUCCUCGGCUUCGUCGUCUCCCUCGCCAUCUCGCUCCGCAGCACCACCUCCUACGAACGCUACUCCGAAGGCCGCAAGUACUGGGCCCAGCUCAUGCUUGUAUCGCAAACACUGGCCCGUGAGAUUUGGGUUUCCGCCUCGGAGGCUGAGGGCGAAGAGGGCAAGGAGGAUGUGCUUGGCAAACUCACCGGCCUGAACCUCAUCGUGGCCUUCGCCAACGCUCUCAAGCACAAGCUGCGCUUCGAGCCCUAUGUCCACUACGAGGACCUCCAGGGCUUGGUCCAGCACCUCGACACGUAUGCCAAGGAAGCUGAAGAUCCCGAUCUUCUGAUCCCGCCCAAGAAGUCUCCCUGGAAGGUUUUCGGCGAAUACCUGGGUGUUCCCAUGGCCGAAUCGAACCCUCGCAAGCAGCUCAAGCGCGCGAAGAAGCCGCUUGGCAACCUGCCCCUCGAGAUCCUCAACCACCUCAGCCGCUACGUUGAUACUCUGACUGAGGCUCCCGAGGGCGGCGAGGCAAAGCUUAAGGGCUACCACCAGGUCCAAGCCACCCAGGCAAUCUUCCAGCUCAACGACGUUCUCGCCGGCACCGAACGCGUUCUCACCACCCCUCUCCCGAUCGCCUACACGAUUGCCAUCUCGCAAAUCGCAUGGCUCUACGUCCUCCUGUUGCCCUUCCAGCUGUGGGAGUCGCUGCAGUGGGUCACCAUCCCCGGUACCAUCGCAGCUGCCUACAUCAUCCUGGGCUUUGAGGCCAUCGGUCGCGAGAUUGAGAACCCCUUCGGCAACGACGUCAACGACCUGCCGCUCGACGACUACUGCAACCAGCUGGCCGCCGAGAUCGACAUCAUCGCCUCGACGCCUGCCCCUAAGCCCGAGCAGUUCAUCAAGCGCCAGGACAACCUCGUGCUCUUCCCCUUCAGCCCCAACGGCUACGGCGCCUGGGCGGCCCGCUCCGUCGGUCAGAUCCGCGAGCGUCUCCGCUCCCGCCCGUUCCAGACAAUGUCCGAGGCUGAGGAUGCCCGGAAGAGCAUGCACGAGUCACGGCAGAAGAAGAAGCAGGAGGUGUAA